AUGGAUACCCGCAGCACUGCACUACACCACACGCCGCACGGUGGUACAACUGACUCGGACGACGAAGCAGACGUAUACGACUGGAAAUCCUCGCGUGUGCCCGGAAGUAAGGAUGCCCCUCGCUCCCGAAAGGGCUCAACCAGAAGAGGAUCCAAGCAACCUCAAGAAGACCAACACGAGCAAGGAACUGAAGGACUGGAGAAAGCGCCUCAAUCAGACUAUACAGACUCGUCAGAAGGAGCCCCAGAAGACGAGCACUUACCCCAUCCCUUCUACCACUAUGCCGCCGAAAAGCGCGACACCUAUGCCGAUGCCAAACUCAUCUAUCAGCGGCAUCGAUUGGACACUAAAUCCGAGAAGGAUUUCGGCAGUCCGUUGAUGUUGGGCAAGUCCUACACCAUGCCUGCCUCUGCGAUGGAUGGAGAAAUGGCAACGCUACAGCGGACCCCUAGCAUGACAUCCAGGCAGUCUCGUGUCUCCCAACGUGGCACUGGCCCCAGUGGCUUUCAGCUCAACCAUAACAAGGAGUCAUUUCCUUCCCUGCAAACUCAUGUGGGCAAUCAUCAAGAAAUCCGCCCGGAUCCGACACUGCUUGCCGAUGCCGCUGCACGGGAUCACAAACGCCACCCUGGUCUCCCACACGAGUUCAAGGAUCCUCUGCUAGCUCACGAAGGUAUGCACGGCGCUGGUGCCGGAAUGGGCCUGGGCUCUGGCCCCGGCGGACUCGCUACGACUGAUGAAUCGAUCAUCAGCGAAGUGCGGUCGAUUUGUGACAAGAUCAAGACAGUGCUGGAUUUGAGGCAGAAGUAUCUCAAGCUCUCGUUACAGUGUCCCGGCGUAAACCCAAAGGAUGAAGAAACUUGGGAAAUCUAUCCGCCUCCACCGAACCCUGUGUGGAAUGAGCAAAAGGCUCGCGAACCUCCUCAGGGCUAUAUCCCUCCCAACAGCACGUCGAGCAGUCUGUACAUGAUCGACAUGAAGGCACGAAACGCGAGUGCAGGUGAGUUGAACAUGUGGCCGACCAACGCAAGCCAGACGGGCUCUGACCGAGGAGGUCCGGCGUCACCCACGAGCGCCAAAAAGGCAAGAAAGCCUGGCCAUGCCAUUGGCGAAGAUUUCGACUUGAGCGAAUGCGUUAUUCCCGGGAAGCAAGCCAAGAGCUUGCGCUUCGAGAUGGAUGCUGGAAGUGUCUAUCAAGUUUACGGUGAAGACGAUCAGCCAAUAGUCGAGGUUCCGACUUUGCGGGACUAUUACAUGGCACUUGAUACGAUCCUCGAUAUCGCCUCCGAUGGGCCGGCCAAGAGCUUUGCCUACCGCCGCCUGCAAUAUCUAGAAGGGCGUUACAACCUGUAUGCUCUCUUGAAUGAGUAUGAAGAGGUCGCAGAUACGAAGAAGGUACCUCACCGAGACUUUUACAACGUCAGGAAAGUGGACACCCACGUGCAUCAUUCUGCGUGCAUGAACCAGAAGCAUCUAUUGCGUUUCAUCAAGAGCAAGAUGAAAAGGUGCCCUGACGAAAUAGUGAUCGAGCGCGACGGCAGAGAAUUGACUCUGAAAGAGGUCUUCGACAGCAUCAAUCUCACCGCAUACGACUUGAGCAUUGACACCCUUGACAUGCACGCUCAUACGGACUCGUUCCAUCGCUUUGACAAGUUCAACUUGAAGUACAAUCCCAUCGGACAGUCACGGCUUAGAGAUAUCUUUUUGAAGACCGACAACUUCAUCAAGGGGAGAUAUCUUGCCGAGAUUACCCGCGAAGUUAUCACGGAUUUGGAGUCAAGCAAGUAUCAGAUGGUUGAGUGGCGAAUCAGCAUCUACGGGCGCAGUAUGAGUGAAUGGGACACGCUGGCAGCGUGGGUCGUCGACAACAAACUUUUCUCCCACAAUGUGCGGUGGCUCAUACAGAUCCCGCGAUUGUUCGCCCUGUACAAGUCACUCAAGACCAUGGAGGAUUUUGAGCAACUGCUCCGCAACAUCUUCCAGCCUCUGUUUGAGGUGACACAAGAUCCCUCCACACAUCCCAAACUACACGUCUUUCUCCAGCGGGUGAUCGGCUUCGAUAGCGUCGACGACGAGAGUAAGGUGGAACGACGGCUGUAUCGCAAAUAUCCCGCAGCGAAAGAAUGGAACACCAAGCAGAACCCACCCUACGGAUACUGGAUCUAUUAUCUGUUUGCAAACCUGACAUCUCUCAAUGCCUGGCGCAAACGGAGAAACUUCAACACCUUCCUCCUGCGCCCUCACUGUGGCGAGGCGGGCGACACCGAUCACCUCGCCGCCGCAUUGCUGUGCUGUCACAGCAUCAGCCACGGGAUCAUGUUGCGAAAGGUCCCCUUGCUGCAGUACUGCUUCUACCUCGAGCAGAUCGGCAUCGCCAUGUCCCCGCUCAGCAACAACGCGCUGUUUCUGACCUACGACCGCAACCCGUUCAUCAGCUACUUCAAAAAGGGUCUCAACGUCUCGCUGUCGACAGACGACCCCUUACAAUUCGCCUUCACAAAGGAACCCCUGAUCGAGGAGUACUCGGUGGCUGCGCAGAUCUACAAGCUCUCCGCGGUCGACAUGUGCGAAUUAGCCAAACACUCGGUCGAUCAGUGUGGCUUUGAACUCUCGCUGAAGCAGCGCUGGCUGGGCAAGUACUGCUAUCUGCCUGGCGUGCUGGGCAAUGAUGUCGCAAAGUGCAAUGUCCCCGACGUCCGAGAGGCGUUCAGACACGAGACGCUGAAGGCGGAGCACGCAUUCAUUGCGAAAUAUACAAAGGACUAUAGUCACUUCGAUCGCUGUACCCCUGACUUGCCCGAUCCGUCGGACCCAGCAACGCCAGUGGACGAGAUAUACCGGGGUCUGGAGAGCCCGAGGCAGUACUAUGCGUCGUUUGCGGUGGCUGAUUCGAUUGCCCCGGCUCAGCAAGCCAGAGAAAGAGAGAGGGAAGCAGCGCUGUACAGGUCAAACCCAAACGGGCCCGCGGGUAAUACUUCACCCACACGACUUCGAAGGACCUCGAGCGUCUUAUAUUCCACCACUUCGAACCCAGCAGACGCACAUAUCUCGGGCCAAGAGCCACGCGCCUUUCCGGGAAUCGUGCACCAGCGCGAGAGGAGACGCAGUGUACGUGUGGGAUCAGGUAAUUCGGAGGGCACGGGCCAGUACUCGUCGGAUAUGGCCAGCAGCUUGCAAUUGGAGCCCGGACUCGCCAAGAUUACAACGAGGGAAGACAAGGAGAUAAGAGAGAUGGAGGAUGAUGGCUGA